AUGGACUCUGACGAAGACUUCAAACAUUAUUCGUCGUGCUAUUACGACGACGACACUGAUCGAGCUUUUUAUCCAGAGAACGCACAACAUCAACAUCAAUUAGGUACUAAAAGUUGGCUCGACUGCGAAAAAACGCCAGUAGUGACUCAUAGGCAAUCUCAGUGCCCACCACAACAGAGAAUACUUGACAAUAUUGUGACAUCAUCAAACAAAGUUCGUAAUAGUAAAAGCGUAUUAGAACGAUGGACUACAAGUUCUGAACUAUCUAGAGACUUAACGUGUGAUGUAGACGCCAAUUCUCUACGUUCAGACAUGUCUUCUGGUGGUGAAGAUUUUCAAAGUAGCCCAAAUAUGAUGCCAUCAUCUGUGUCUUCAACAAUUAUGUUGAACAGCAAUAGCAGUACAAACGAUAUGAACGGAGCUGCGACUGGUGAAAAUAGUUGUGGAGGACUUUUAGUUAUUAAACAAGAACCCAACAUAUUGCAAGAUUAUAAAAGCAUAUCGACCAACUACAGUAAUAAUACAACAGACGGAUGUAAUAUGCUUCAAAAAGUACCUUCGCUUAGUGAUAUGUCCGAUCCAGAAAAUUCUUUGGAUCAAACCCCGUCAGCAGUGAACGUCAACAGCUCAAAUAAUGCCGGUGGACAAUUGGUUCCGCCGCCUCUAACACCUGGUACAAAUAAGAAAAUGACCGAAGCCCUGCAAGCUACAUUUGCAUCCUGGGAAAAAGAACGACAUAAGUUGAAUGUUCCAAAAGAUCCCAGACUAUGGACAGAGGCGCAGGCCGCACAUUGGUUCUGGUGGGCUUACCGCGAGUUCUCGGUACCCGAACCUCCGCCGACGCCGUUGCUGCGCCGCGUCGUGUGCGGCACAUCUCAGUUCCAGAAGUUCACCACGGCCAGUCCCAACACCACGAUCAUGGGCCGCAGCAGUCAGAUGAUCCGGGAGCGCGUCCGCCGCGGCCGUCGCCGUCUCCGCAGCAGCGGCAACUGCAACAGCGGCAGCAAGUCGCCGGGGAGCAGCAACGACGACGACGACAACGACCCGGACAAGGACCUGGACGACGACGACGAGCCGUACGACGAACUGGUGUCGUCGUCGAGCGGCAACAGACCGCUGUACGCCCGUAAGGGCAGACACUUGUGCAAUAUGGGACGCGAGCGAUUCGUGGCCGAGGCGCCGCCGUUCUUGGGCGAUAUCCUCUGGGAACAUCUCGAAAUGAUGCAAAGAGACGUAGAUAGGGCCUCGUCAAUACCCAUGUUUGGUGGUGGCAAUCAACAUUUGUCGUCGUUAAACAACACCAGUGGCAAUAGCAAUAAUUCAAAUUUCUAUCACGAAAAUUUCGUGCAACAUCAACAACACAGACAUCAAGUGGACGACAACAGUGGUUUAUUCUCUUCCGGCUAUCCUGUACCGGCUGCAUCCGAACCACAGCAUAUCCGGUUGCAAUCGCCACCGCACCGACUGAACCAUCGUAAUCGUAAUCUCCAUCACAACCAACAAUAUGAAACAGGGAUCGCCUACUCGACGAGCAUAGGCACCACCACGCCGCCCAGCCAGACCGGCGGCAGCGGUUCUACUACCCCGGACAACAACAUAUCUGGUGCUGGUUUGAUGGUGACGGGCGGCGGCGACAACGCCAUGGAGUCGACGGUAUCGUCGCCUCCGGAUCUCUAUCCGCAACAACCGCCAGCUCCGCAGCCGACCGCCAUACCUCUGAUCCAGCAGCAGCAACAGCAACAGCUGAUGCAGCAACAGCAGCAAAACAGAUACCAGCAGCAGAGGGACUAUCACCACCAGCAACAGCACAGAGCCAAUCACCGGUACAUACAGCAGCAGCAACAGCAACAGGACAACUACACCGGCGAACAGCAACCGUACCCGACGACCAGUGGCAGUCCGUACUUGGACGCCGGCGGUGGUACUACGUCGCCUUAUCUGACAGCCAGCAAUUCGGUGCCGCCGUCCCAGUCAGCCGCGCAAACCGUGCCCAACGGUGCUUCUACCACAACCGGGCCGAAUCAUCAGACCUCCGCGGCCACAGCGGCCGCUGCACUGGCCGCGGUCGAUCACUGGGCAGCCGCCGCAGCUGCGGCCGGUGCCGAUUCAGCGCUGCAAUUGCAGUUCAUGCACCAGCAACAACAGCAAUAUCAACAGCAACAGCAACAGCAGCAGCAGCAGCAGCAACAGCAACAGCAACAGCAUCAUCACGGCCAUCAACAGCAGCAACAACAGCACCAUCACCAACAACAGCAGCAGCAGCAACACCUCCAUCAUCACCAUUACAAUAACAACAAUCCGCACGUUCAACAGCAGCACCAGCAGCAGCACCAUUUGAUGGUGCCCGGUGGUGGCAACAACAAUAUGUCGGUCGACAUAAAACCGUGUUUGCAGUUACAAGCUCCCCCGCUCAUAACCGGUUAUACGCCAAACGGCGGUCCUUGUUUCACCGGCAGUGGACCCAUACAGUUGUGGCAGUUCUUGUUGGAGCUAUUGACCGAUCGCGCCUGUAAGGCGUUCAUUUCCUGGACGGGCGACGACUGGGAAUUCAAACUUACAGACCCGGACGAGGUGGCCCGCAGAUGGGGCGUGCGCAAGAACAAGCCAAAAAUGAACUACGAAAAGCUGAGCCGUGGUCUUAGGUAUUAUUACGACAAGAACAUCAUACACAAGACGGCCGGCAAACGAUAUGUGUACAAAUUUGUUUGCGAUCUCGAAAGCCUUCUCGGCUAUAGUGCUCAACAAUUGCACGCCUUGGUCGACUUCAAACCCGAGUGCGGAAACAACAACAAAGACGAUGAGUAG